AUGAGCAAACAACAACAAAACAACGCCGACACUAUCACUCUCUACGGCAAUCACAUUAGCCAACCAUCCCGAGCCAUAAUGUGGUUCAUGUUAUUGAAUCAAAUUCCUCACGAAUUUAAAUUAAUUAAAUUGGAGAAGGGAGAACAUUUGAAGCCGGAAUAUAAGGAAAUUAAUCCAAUGCAACAAGUACCUUCAUUAUCCAUUUCAUCAUCUACAUCAUAUUCGGAUCAGAAGGUUACUGUUAAUUUGUUUGAAAGUCAAGCAAUUUUAAUUCACUUGAUACAUAAAUAUAGAAGACAAUACAAGAUUGCUGAUUCAUGGUAUCCAAAUCCACAUUCUGAGUUGAUGGUUCAUACAAAGAUUAAUCAAUAUUUGAAUUAUCAUUUAGCAUCAUUGAGGAUGGGAAUUGCUGGAUGGGCUUGGGAAGCUGCUAUUGGACCAAAUGCUUUUGGCACUGAGAGAAGUGAAAGAAAAAUUGAAUCUUUCAAGAAGAAGGGAAUGAAAGUAUUGAAACAACUUGAUACCUAUUGGUUGAAGAAACAAGAUGAAAAAUGUGGAGAUUACUUGUGUGGACAAGAGAAAAUGUCAAUUGCUGACUUGUUAUUGUACAGUGAAUUGAUGCAAUUGUUGCUGAUUGUUGAAUCAGCCACAUUGUGGGAAUCUGACUUGUUGAAAGCCUUUCCAAAUGUUGCUAAAUGGGCACAAAUCAUGUCACAAACUCCACACCACGAUAAGAUUUUCCAAAUUCUCUUCUUGCUUAAAGCAAAGACCUCUUCAAAACCUUCCAAAUUGUAAAAUAACUCAUUGUAAAAUUUAUUUACAUGCUU